GAGAAGGGUGAGCCUGGAGUCCCCGGGGAGGCGGGAGAGCGAGGAGCUCCAGGUCAGCCAGGUGCAGGAGGGGCCAGUGGCACGAAAGGAGAAAAAGGUGAUGUUGGCCCCCCUGGUCCCCCUGGUCCGGUGAUGACAGCUCACGGGUUAAGACAGCUCUCUGGAACAGAUCAAAUAGAGGAAAUUGCCCAAAAGGGAGAAAAGGGUGACAUAGGAGCUCCAGGACCUCAAGGCUUCAAGGGAAACACAGGACCGCCAGGACUAAAGGGAGAUCAAGGAUUAGAGGGGAAGCAGGGUUUACUUGGACCCACUGGACUUCCAGGACUGCCAGGACUUCCAGGAGAGCCAGGCUCAAAAGGGGAGCCAGGGGCAGCAGGAAGAGAUGGCCUAAAAGGAGAAAAGGGAGAUUCUGGUGGAUUACCAGGACCACAAGGACUUCCUGGUCCAAAGGGGGAGCCUGGAGAACCAAGUCUUGGAUCUUUGAGUGAUGGAUCUUCUUCAACAAGAGGUUCUCGAGGACCUAAGGGUGAAAGAGGUAUGCCAGGAUUACCGGGCGAACAUGGAGAAAAGGGUGAACCUGGUGAGAGCAUCAUUGGCCCCGCGGGAGCCCCUGGCAAGCCAGGAAUUGAGGGCCCUCGAGGACCACCGGGUUUAACUGGACCUCCAGGGAAAGAUGGCCCCCCUGGAAGACCGGGCCCUCCUGGACCUCCAGGAGAACCUGUUGCCUUGCCUAUUGCUAAAGACAUGGGUGCUUUCCUUAAGAACGCCUGCAGUGUGUGCCAGACGAGAGUCCCUGGGCUGCCUGGGCAGAAGGGAGAGAAGGGGUCCCCUGGAGAGCAAGGAGCAGAAGGCUUGGUUGGAGAAAAGGGAGAUCCAGGUGUUCGGGGUCCUAUGGGUAACCCUGGGAAAGAAGGCCCAAAGGGAAUAAAAGGAGAAAGAGGCUACCCAGGCCCUUCUGGAGAGAAAGGUGAUGAGGGCCCUCCAGGAGCACCAGGACUUCCUGGUGUAACCGGUCGAACAGGAUCCCCCGGGCUUAUGGGUAGACCUGGACCAACUGGCCAAGCUGGACCAAAAGGAGACAAAGGAAAUGAAGGACCUCCCGGCAAACCAGGACUUCCAGGACCCCCAGGUCCGCCUUAUGUGGAGGGGAAUGGCAUGAGCAGUCUAUACAAGCUACAGAACGGUGGAGCUAUUUUAGGACCUCCUGGAGCUCCCGGUGCUCCGGGUCCCAAAGGAGAUCAAGGACCUGCCGGUGAAACAGGAGCCAUGGGUUUACCAGGGCUUGAGGGACUACCUGGCUCCAAGGGUGAUCCUGGUGUACCUGGUCCACCUGGGUUGCUAGGUCCUCCAGGGAAGCCCGGCGCUCGCGGAGAGCCAGGAAUCCCAGGAGAGCCGGGUGAGAGGGGACCGAUCGGAGAGACAGGAUUCCCUGGACCAGAGGGUCCGCAAGGUGUUCCUGGGAGGCCUGGAAAAGAUGGAAGUCCGGGAUACAAGGGAAUCGCGGGCAAAGCAGGUGACAGAGGAUCCAAGGGAGAACGGGGCGAUCCGGGGAUCCCAGGGGAACGAGGUCUUCAAGGCGAGAGGGGACGCCCAGGAGAUCCGGGCCCCACUGGUCCACCAGGUUUGAAAGGCGAUCCCGGCCCUCCAGGAGAGUUGGAAAGUGUAAAACUUCUGGAUGACCCGGGCUUCACAGGGGAACUCAGAACGUUCAUCCAAAAUGAAGUAAUGAGGAUUUUUCAAGAGAAACUGUCAGGUGCUGCCAUGCAGCAGAAGACUCAUGCAGGCAUCCUAGCCCCUCAGCUCCAAGGGCCUCCAGGACCUCCCGGGAAAGACGGAUCACCAGGCCCACCAGGAGAACCCGGAUCACCUGGUCCUCAAGGAUACAGGGGUCAGAAAGGAGAGCGGGGGCAGAUGGGGCUGGGGUUACCAGGAGAGCCGGGACCCAUGGGGCCACCAGGCCUGCCUGGCUUCCCCUCUCAGGGCCCUCCCGGCUCUCCAGGGCCCAGCGGACCUCCAGGGACAUGUAAGCCCAGUGACUGUCUGCCUCCCUUCUCUUAAGUGUAGCAGAGACUCAGAUAAGCUGAUCUGAGGGCAGCUCUCAGCUCCUCGUUGCAUCUCCAGAGCAGCAAAAGAAUGAGCUCGCUGCACCUGACAACUUCCUCAGCGCAACCAUUUUUUUUUUUCGGACAAACCCACAGCUGACCUCUUUUGUUCACUUCUUGACAACGUUUGGAUGCCGUUGGGGUUUCGUUUUUUGCGGAAUUGCUGUUGUGCUUUGUCUUGAAUGCUGGUGAAAACCUUUUGCAAUGCUGUACUUUAGAAGUUAUUGCUUGUUUUCACAACCCCUACUGUGAUGUGAUGCAUUCCUUGUCAACUCUGAACAUCGCAAGACCAUGAAAUGACUUUAUUUUGUUCAGUUCAGACCUGUCUGAUAACAAAAUCUUAAUUAUUAUGCGUUUGCCUUUCUAAUGGGCAUGUCUAUAAAUCCAUCUAAUAUUCAGAUAAGCUGCUGAGCUGGCAGAAGGUCGUCAUCUCAUGUUUCUGUAGGUGUGUUUGUGUGUUUGCAAGUGUGUGAGAGACAAAAAAAAGAGAAUAAGCUGAGUUAAUGUACUUGUUCUUGUGUAGGUUUGAAAAAAAUAACUCAUUUAUGAAACCUUAUCUUAUGCAACCAAAGUGCAACCAAUGUGUCCAAUGUAGAUGCUAUUUAUUUUCACUGUGUUCCACAAGAAUGUAUAUCAGAUUGUAAUUAUUUUAAAUGUAGCAUGGAUAUUCAAGUAACAAUAUUACUAGGAAGUCGAUUAAAACCUGUUUGGAUUGCUUAUAAUGCAGGGCUUUUUUUAAUCUUUCUAUUGUGAGUCAUGUAUUUUUUGGGGAAAAAAGGGAAAAAAAUGAAAAAAAGUUGCAUUUGCUGCAGAUGUCUUCCCAUUUUCUGUAAGUCAUAUGCGUGAUUGAGGACCGAUGGAGUUUGCCAAGACAAAUUUGAACUGAAAUCCAGCAAACAAUACACUGAUGCAGCUUCAAACUGUUGCAGUUUUUUAUGGGUAAACUUUUAUUUUGAAAAGAUUGUUUUACUGUUACCUUAACUCAUUGGAGGACCGACUUCUUAAGAAAGCUCUUAAUAAUCAUGUAAAGGUUCUCAUAUCACCAGCUGUACCAUCCUGCACAUGCUCAGUGCAUUUGCUUCUAAUUAACAUAUAGUUGUAGAAUUAAAUGAUGGUAUUUAUGAUGAUUUCUUUGAUGUAUCUGUAUAUUUUUGAUUUCAAACAAGGUAAGGAAAUCAGACAUUAUUAGGCUUUUGUUUUGUGCUUCUGAAUGUACUUGAACAUUUUUUGUUCACUAACAACUUAUCAGUAGAUUGUUGUUUGUUUUUUGUGGGGGUAUUUUAAACUGGAGUUUUGAUUUAUUCACUUUCUGUAAAAUUUUUUAAGAUGUUAAGUGCUUAUUUAGGAUGAUUUGGAGUUGACUGAAGCCCAUCAUUAUAGGCAUUUUCUAUCAAGAAAGAUGGAUAUUUGACUAAAUUUAAAAUCCCACUCUGAUCAUUUUUGGAUCUAUUUUCAAACUGUUCUCUUUUUGUCAUGAUUGUUUAAUCCUGAGAGCUCUCUGCUUACACACUCUCGUGCUAGCUUACAACCCCUCAAACCCUCAAGCUAACAUUAGCCGUGUCACAAAAAUGACAAGCUAAUUCGAAGCUAUCAUAUUUUUUUAUGUCACAAAUAAGCUCUUUUUUUCAAACAGCA